AUGCUAGGACUGGUAGAGACAAAAAGACAGGUGGUAACUAAAUUUGAUGUACAAAAAAUUUGGGGAAGUAGUUGUGUGAGUUGGGAUUUUGUGGAAUCUAAUGGUGCAUCUGGUGGUUUGCUAUUAAUAUGGGAUGAUGAUUUUUUUAAAUUAAGAAUUAGCCACAAAGGGGAGAGAUGGAUAUGUGUUGAAGGGGAGCUGCUGCAAUAUAAUUUUAAUUGUGCUUUUAUUCUGGUGUAUGGGGAGCAUUCUAGACAAGAGAAACUGAUUGUAUGGGAAGAGUUAAGUUAUGUAGCCGGUCUAUGCCAGGUUCCCUGCUGUUUCAUGGGGGAUUUUAAUGAGAUUGUACAGGUGGAAGAAAGACGGGGUACAGUCAGCUUAUCCCUGUCAGCUGAAGACUUCAAGAGUUGGAUAAAUGACAUGGAAUUGGUGGAUUUGCCGAUUACAGACCGAAAGUUUACAUGGUUCAGAGGUAGUUCCUGUAGUCGUAUCGAUAGGGUUUUGGUUAGCUUGGAAUGGAUUGAAAAAUUUCCAGACAUUCGAUUACGAGGGGGUCCAAGGGGAUUGUCUGACCACUGCCCAAUUAUAGUGGAAGGCAUGAGGCAGAGAGAUGGUCCAAGGCCUUUCAGAAGUCUUGACUCGUGGUUUACACAUGAAGGAUUUCUGAGGAUGAUCAAAGAUGAAUGGAGAGGUUUACGUGAGACACAGUUCACAGAAAAAUUAAAGGCUAUGACAGCUCCUAUUAGAAGAUGA